AUGAGGCUUUGGCACACUCUGGGGAGGGGGCUGGCCAUCGCCGGCCUCGCGAGUCAGGCUACUGCGCAGGAUUGGCCUCUCCACGACAAUGGUCUGAACAAGGUUGUACAAUGGGACCAUUACAGCGUGAUGGUCAAUGGCGAACGCCUGUUUCUUUGGUCUGGAGAACUGCAUCUCUGGCGUAUCCCUGUGCCUGAGCUAUGGCGGGAUAUUUUUCAAAAGAUAAAGGCAGCCGGAUUCAACGGAAUCGGUCUCUACGAACACUGGGGGUGGCAUGCUCCCAACAACGAAACAUUGGAUUUCGAAACAGGAGCACAUGACUUUGCCAAAGCCUUUGAUAUAGCCCAAGAGGUUGGACUUUACAUCGUCUACCGACCUGGGCCGUACAGCAACGCAGAGGCAAAUGGAGGAGGCUUCCCUGGAUGGCUGACUACUGGCGAAUACGGGCCUCUUCGCGACAACAGCACGGAAUACACAAAGGCCUGGACCCGUUACUCUGGGGCCGUGGCAGAGUACGUGCGACCGUACCUGAUUACCAACGGAGGUCCAAUCAUCAUGUGGCAGAUUGAAAAUGAAUACGGCGUGCAGUGGAUAGAUCAAGAGACAAGAACACCGAAUGAAACCGCCGUUCAUUACAUGGAGCUGCUGGAGGAAAAGCACAGAGGUUGGGGUAUUGACGUCCCGUUUACUGCAAACAACCCCAACAUGUGGACGCGCUCCUGGUCCAAGGAUUUCAGCAACGUCGGCGGCGAGGCUGAUGUGUAUGGACUGGACCACUAUCCGGCCUGCUGGACCUGCAACCUGGAACAAUGUCUCCCCGUCAACGGCCAGGUAGAGCCAUACACCGUCUUUGAUUACUACAGCCACUUCCAGGAGGUGGCGCAAACCCAGCCCUCGUUCUUGAUGGAGUUCCAGGGAGGCUCAUUCAACCCUUGGGAUGGACCGGCUGGGGGUUGCAGAGAAAACAUGGGACCAGGCUGGGUGAACCUGUUCUUCCGCCACAACCUGGCCCAGAAGGUGUCGGCUGUCAACAUCUACAUGCUCUACGGCGGCACCAACUGGGGCAAUAUCGGCUUCCCCGAGGUCGGGACCAGCUAUGACUACUCGGCUCCCAUCCAUGAGAAUAGGUUGAUUAGCGACAAGUACAGUGAAAGCAAGCUCUUCGGUCUUUUUAUGCGCGUUGCCCGCGACUUCACCAAAGUCGAGCGUGUCGGGAACAGUACGGCGUACGCCACCGACUCGGACAUCUUCACGGCGGAACUCCGGAACCCUGAUACGGACGCUGCUUAUUAUGUCGUCCGCCACGACUACUCCCCCUCGACAGAGGUGACCAAGUUCCGGUUGGAUGUAUCAACUGAGAUCGGCGACCUCACGGUGCCCAGCAGAGGAUCCAUUACGCUCAACGGAACCGAGUCCAAGGUUCUCGUCACCGAUUUCAGCAUUGGAUCAUCCGGCAAAAAAAUCACCUACGCCACUCUGGAAGUCCUCACCGUCGCCGAUCUGGGAGACCGGCAAGUCGUUGUAUUCUGGGCUCCGGAGGGAGAAGAGGGCGAGUUCCUGCUCAAAGGCGCCAAGUCGGGCAGGGUCGUCAGUGGCAACGCCGACACGAAGCGCACACUGACCAAGACUCGCAAUGGCGUGGUCGCAAACGUGGUGACGGGCGAAGAGAAGCUGGUCAUUGACUACAAUAACCAUGUCCAGGCAGUGGUCGUUGAUCGGCAGGGCGCUUACAAGUUCUGGGCUCCUACACUGGACAAUGACCCUCUCGCGUGGGAGAACUCUACAGUUCUUGUCCAGGGGCCGUACCUCAUUCGCACCGCCGAAAUCAAAGGCGACACCAUCCACAUCACGGGCGACUGGAAUGAAGAAACCGACGUCGAUAUUUGGGCGCCGAAAAGGGUCAAGAAGGUCACAUUCAACGGUUCAAAGCUCAGGGUCACGAAGUCCAAGUACGGCACUUUGAUUGGAACACUUCCCGCACCAGAAGUCACCCUUGAGAGCCUGGCAGCCAACCUGCCGCCUCUUACCGAAUGGAAGGUCGCCGACAACCUCCCAGAGGCAGCGACAGACUAG